AUGGGCGGUGGCACGCCAUGGCGCAUGCCGGGCAAGUACAAGUACCGCAAGAACGAGGCGUACCUCGACGUGGUGGAGAGCAUCAACCUUCUCGUGUCGCCCGAAGGCGAGACGCUGUCGAGCGAGAUUGUCGGUCAACUCAAGAUGCGUGUGCGGCUCUCAGGCAUGCCGACGCUGCGGCUCGGCCUCAACGACAAGGCGAUGCUCGACAUGACCGGCCGCAGCGGGCGCUCCGUAGAGAUGGCAGAUGUGAAGCUGCAUCAGUGUGUGCGCCUCGACCAGUUCGAGAACGACCGCAUCAUCACCUUCAUCCCGCCCGACGGCGACUUCGAGCUCAUGACGUACCGCACCAACAAGAAGAUAACGCCGCUUGUGCAUGUCGAUUGCGUCUUCGCCAGCAGGAGUGCGACGCAGGUGGAGAUGACGAUUAACGCGCGCACGACGUACCGCCGCAACACGGCGGCGAAUUUUGUUGAUAUUCUCAUCCCGAUUCCGAGCGAUGCCGACAAGCCGGAGGCGAAGUGUUCGCUCGGCAAGCUGCGCUACUCGCCCGAGUCGAGCAUGCUCAUCUGGAGCCUGCGCAGCCUCGGUGGUGGGAAGCAGUUCAGCUGCUUCUGCAAGUUCCACCUGCCGUCGGUGCGCAGCAGCGACCCCAAGGCGUUCGCAAAGGCGCCGAUUCAAGUGAAGUUUGAGAUCCCGUACUUCACUGCGUCGGGCUUUCAGGUGCGCUACUUGAAGGUCACGGAGAAGUCCAACUACGAGGCGCUGCCGUGGGUGCGCUACGUCACAAAGAGUGGCGACUAUCAGGUAAGGACGUACUAA